GAAACUUUUCUACUGAAGACCAAAGUUUCAGGAUAAAUGACUUGAAAGCAGCGACAAUGUACGAUAUCCGCGUUUUGGCCAGUACUAGAGUUGGUCGUGGAAGCUACAGUGAAAAACAAAUGGCGAAAACAAAUACAUUUUCAGGGCGUUCUAAUGUGCCAAUGAACUCGACAGGAAAAACAUUGACGUUUUCUUUGAAGAUUCCUUCAAGAAAAUUUAAGUAUUUCUUUGUCGUUGCUAUGGAAGAUGACGGACAACGUCUCCCAUCGACUUCUGAAUUGAAAAUGGAAAACUUUGUAAGGGUGCUUCCUAUUCAACUGAUUGGAGUGCUGUGGGAAGAACAACUUCAGAACAAAUCUCAAAUCCAUCUCCAACCAUAGACGUUAGAAAAGAUGACAAGAACAAUUCUUCAGUUAUUAUUGGUGCAGCUGUUGCCGUCGCUUUUGUUUUGAUAAUAAUUUUUGUGAUCGUGAUGGUUCUUUUAAGAAGAAAACGUGAUGGUAAAAAGGAAUCUAACAAAUUUCUGUCGUCAGAAGAUAAAAGAGAUAACGUGCAGGAAAUGUCCGUUAGAAAUGAAAUGCUUGAUGAUGACGUUGUGAAUAAUGUUGAACCACCGGUGAAUAACAACAAGGAUCUUAGCAACCUAAUUACUGACGACGAAGAACCAUACGCAAACAAUGAAUCCAUUGCGAUUCGCAAACAUUUUCCAAUUCCUAUUGCAAAUUUUACUGCACACGUAAAGAAGCUGAGACGAAAAAACAUGCAUGAAUUAAAGCUGGAAUUCGAGGAUUUACCGAAUGGUCAGAAGAGCAACUGGGAUAUUGCCAAAAGUCCUAUGAAUUCUUCCAAAAAUCGAUAUGGAAACGCAAUCACAUAUAACCAUUCUCGCGUGAUACUCUCUGGUGACGAAAAAACGGAUUAUAUCAAUGCUUCAUUCAUUGACGGAAAACGUGCGAAUUACUACAUUGCGACGCAAGGACCCAAACCCAAAACAGUCAACGAUUUCUGGAGGAUGAUUUUCGAGCAAAAGUGUCCAACUAUUGUUAUGUUGACAACCUUAAAAGAAAUGGGAAAGGUGAAAUGUGAAAAAUAUUGGCCAGAUGAAUCUAAUGUAUAUGGUGAAAUUCAAGUGACCGUCACUGAGACAAAAUUUGCUGACUACGUCACGCGCAUGAUGGUUGUUGAAAAGAACGGCGAACAUCACGAAGUCGAGCAGUUUCACUACAAAUCAUGGCCAGACUAUGGAGUACCUCGUUAUCCAACACAACUCUUGACAUUCAGGAACCAUUUUAAGCUAUCGCACAAAACAAGAUCCAGUCCAGUCGUCGUUCAUUGUAGUGCUGGUGUUGGUCGUACUGGAGUAUUUAUUGCCAUAGAUAAAAUCCUCGAUGAUCUUGAUGAUGAAUAUGAAACAAACAUUGACGUAUUUGGCUUUGUGGAAGAGAUGAGAUCGCGCCGCAUAAACAUGGUGCAGACAGCGGAUCAAUACAUGUUCAUUCAUGACACCAUUAUCGAUCACAUCCAAUGUGGAGCGAAUGAAAUUGAUGCUGUUCAAAUCAAGGUCGAGAUUGCGCAGCUCUCUCAGAAGAAUAGGGGAGGGAAAACUGGAUUUGAAGAAAAAUUUGAGCGUCUACAAUCAGUUACACAUGGACUUCCUGAAGAGCUUUGUGAAGCAGCACUUUCGGAAGAGAAUAGCAAGAAAAAUCGUUAUCCUGCAAUCUAUCCAACUGAAACUAAUCGUCCUACUCUUCGGCGUGUUGAACACUUAGAAACUUCUGAUUACAUAAACGCAUGUUUUGUUGAUGGCUAUCUUGGCAAGAAUUACUUCAUUGCAACACAUAUGCCUUUGAAGGCAACAAUCAACGACUUUUGGAGAAUGGUCACUCAAUAUAAAUGUACGACCAUCGUUUUGCUGAAUCAGCUAACUGAAGAUAACAAGGAAUAUCCAAUGUUUUGGCCCACGAAGAGAGCAACAAGUCGACCUUAUGGAACAUGUUCUGUUCUGUUCGAUUCAGUCGUAAAGAAAGAAGACAUUGUUGUGAGAAAGCUUAUAGCCUCACCAUCGAUGGACAUCAAAGAAGGUCAUAUGGUUCAUGUAAUUCAGUAUUUGUCGUGGCCAAAUCAUGGCGUACCUAAAGAUGUUCGCAGUUUGUUGAAUGUCCUUUCAGAAGUGGAAGAAGCCCAAAGAGCCGUGGAGGUUAAAGGACCUGUUGUCGUUGUCUGCAGUGAUGGAGCAGGUAGAUCAGGCACUUAUAUCACCAUCUCUAACCUUGUGGAUCGAGUUAAAAUCGUCCAAGUCGUCGAUGUGUUUCAGUGCAUAAAAUUGAUCCGAAGUAGACGCCCACAGUUUGUUGAGACAGCGGAGCAAUUCAAAUUUUGUUACAGUGCAGUGUCAUGCGUGUUGGAGUCCUUUGACGAGUAUUCAAAUUUCACAGAAUUAGCAACGAUUUGAGAACGUUAAACUUUAUUUUACACUCGUAGUUAAAUGUCGGUAUGUAAAUCUAUAGUGUUUACUAUCGGAUAAAUUUAAAAUACGCUUUAGGAAUUAUAAAUAGAGGAAUAAAUUAGAUUUCCUCAAUAUUGCUUUGUUGACCUAGAGCGAAAACCAUUCGUACAAAUAUGUAUUAACUAGUGAUUGUAGCCUAUUUAAUUUUAAGUAUUUUUUAAGUUUUUAACUACAACGUAUACGACGAGGCUUUAUUGUAUGCGGUGGAAGAUCCACGAAAAGGAAAUAAUUGUAUGUAUUUUAAAAACAGCGGUAUGGUAUCGUGUUAACGACAACGACUUCUUUACACUGAAUUUAUGUGAUUAUUUUGAACUUUUUUACGACCUACAUGAAUAUUUUUAUUUCAAUAUUUGCCGUCUCAUCUCAAUGAAAUAUUCUAACUAUAGCCUUUAGAAAAUAAUCAUUUGUUCCUAUAAUAAUAAUACGUAAAAGAAAGAGUA